ACUAUUGAAUACAUUAUACACUUGACUUCAAAUUUAUAUGUUUCUUCACCGACUUCUACAAAUCUAAAAUUUACAUGCAUACUUAGUAACAACAAUGAAAUAUUACAAUGGUACAUAAUGCUGAUAUUAGAACUUUAUCUCGUUUCAGGUGAUCUCCCUGGUCAUAAUCAGUAAAAGUGAUAUAACUCUAAUUUUCUUAAAACUUUUUGUUGGAUUUUUUUUGUCCCUAUUUUAAUCGCGCCUCGGAGCUCACAAAUUUGGUGUUGUGUAAGAGUCAUACUAUUCUUUGCAUAUUCAUAAUUUCACAUAUUGAACUUUUUAGUAUGAACUCCAAUAGAUUUUAUAAAUAACAAGUCCAAAAUUUAACUAAAAACUUAGUAUCUGUAGACAUGAAUUUUAUAAAUGCUAUCAAAUUUAUAACCAUAGCUAGGUAUCAUAAAAUAUAAAUAAUUAACUUUAAAUAAGUGAUUAGAUAGCCCUUCGUAAAUAUACAAUUCUACAGAAUUGCAACUUUAAUUGAGUUGAUUUACAAUAACAACCCUUAUUUAUUUGCUAAGUUAUGUCAUUGUGGCUAAGUCAUUAUCCGUUGAAUGAGAAAAUAGUGAAUGAUAAAUUCCAAAAUAUUUUGUUACCAUGGACGCGCUGCAAGAUAGUUAAAAGCUAUCCAUAACCCCACAAAUUAGGAAAGGUUAAGGAUUUACAGCAGGCGAGAGAGAAACGGCCCGACUUGGUUAAACAUCCUAAUUAAUUCCUCCGCGUACGCCUAAUUUUAAGCUUUUUUUCCUUUUUAAAAUUCUACUAAUUAAUAUUUCUUGAUUAUCUUUCCCUAAUCCCAUAAGAUUAAAUAUUCGUGUUAAUCCAUAUAGUAUAUCUUAUCGAUUCCGUUUCGAUAAAUUAAAUCCUCUUCUGCUUCGUUGUGAGUGCGUGUCUAAGAGAACAAAAGUUCGCGUAACGUUCAUCCUUCAACUUCACCAGAAGAAAAUUCAUUUGCUUAUCCAUGUCUACAGGAAAAAGACAUUAAAUGUCACAGAUUCUCAGUAAUAUCUCAGAGACCAUCCCUUCCAUGACGCCAUCACCUUCACUUAGCUGUCUCCCUAUUUAAAUUCUCUCCAUGCAACUCUAACAUCUCAUUAAAACAAAAUAAAAUAAAAACAAAACCCACCAAAAAUCAUUUUUUCUGGGUUUUGUAUUUAAUUUAUUUAAAAUCUAGAAAUAUGGAGAGAGCCUCUUCUUCCUCCUCCAAGUCAUCAUCCUCCAUGGGUUCUUCUUCUUCUGAUCAAACCUCACAUUUUGUGACGUCAUCCAUGCUUUCCCGAACGUCAUCAUCUUCUUCCUCCGCCUUUGGAGACUACAUAGGAACGGAGAGCUGCUUCGACAUCCUCGAAGAAAACGACGUCGUCUCUGCCCCCACCAAGCCUUCGAACCGCUAUCGUUACGGAGGAAGGAGGAGAGAGGAAAGAGAAGCUAGAGCUGCGGCGGCGCGUGAAUUUCCUCCACCGAUACCUUUGCUUGCUCAGACGGAGAAUCUCCUUCCCCACAUGCCGUGGGUUCUGAAGCGUGUGGUGACGAGCGACGGGAGGCUUAUUCUGAGAGAAGAGAAGGUUCGUCAUCACGAGUAUUUUCGUGCGCAUAGAGCCAAUGGCCGUCUCACUCUCGACCUUGUUCCACUAGACGACGACGUAUUGGACCUUCCCCAAGAGCCCUCUCAUUACCAAUCUGACGAAGAUGAUCAUAAUGAUGAUUAUGAUGAGCAUGAGUGUGAUGAUGAUGAUGAUGAUGUUGAUGAUCAUCAUCACGAGGUGGGUGAUGACUUGGAUGAUCUGGCGGAUAAUGUUGAUAAGAGUGUUAUUAUUACGGCAUCUGAUGAUGAUGAUGGUGUUAUCCAUAACUAUGAUGAGGAUAAGUGCAAUGUGCAUGGUGGUAUUAAAGAUGGAUAUAGGAAGACUAUACUGGAGGUGGCGGCGGCUGAGGAGACGGUGGUGGAAAGCGGAGGGAUGGUGGGAGGAGGAGGAUCGCCGAGGGGAAAGUGUAUGAAGUCUUGUUUUGUUGGUAUGACAGUUCGAGAGAUCAGACCAGUCCUUAGUUGAUUAAAAUUGUUACUUAAUUAGUCCUUAUUAAUUAGCUAAGAAAUAUUACUAUUACAGGUUAAAGAAACUACCGGCUUAUAAUAUGAAUAUCAGAGUUCUUUUUUACAAAGUACUAUUGUUUUCUUGUUUUGUAAUUUCAGAAUG